AAGGAGACUACCAAGGAUUCUUCGUCGUACUCCAAGAUGGCGCUCCAUUUUGCCUCUAUAAAGCAACGUUGUCAUCACGGCACUCUGUGGUCAUUUGUGACCAGAAAGUAAGGAUUUGAUUUUCGGCUGGUUGCCCCUAAAGGGGACAAUCCACUGUCAGAGGCCUUUAAAGGAAAUGGCAUUUGACGUAGCUGAGAUGUUAAAAAAGACCUCAGCCAAGUGCAUUGGAGCCACAGACUGGCGAAUUGGAGGUGGAUAUGAAAGUCUUAGACUGCCCUUGUUUCAUCUACUUUGAUACAAGAGGGAGGCUUUGGGGCCCAUUAGAAACCGCAAAACCGUAGAAAAAAAUUAUCCAAAACCGAAAAACCGAAAAAAAAUUCGAUCAAAACCGAAAACCGCAUGUAAAAAUGACAAAAUCGAUAACUUUUCAUAUCCCAGUUAUUAAAACUCUUAUCGAUCCGAUACGGUGGUGAGAAGUGGAGCAUACAGAGUAAACUACAAUAAUUUCAUGACAGGAUUUAUGAAUACCAUGGACUUGGCAUUCGCAUCUUCUAGUAUCUCCUUAAAUUAACAGCUGCGCUCUCGAGGACCUCGAGCGUGGUCUCUGCGGACUCAGCAGCUGGUAAUGAAGCCUAAUUAAAUUAAGGAAAUUCGCACAAACGUCCUCGAUAGGAUUGCAAUUUUGCGGUCGCAAAAAGCUAGAGCUCUGGAAAGUUUCACCGAAAAUCCAUGAUCUAACAUUUCCAUUUGCGAACUAAGACCUGAAAGUUUGGAGAUUCUAUUGGAGUGUUGAAUCAAUCAAUCAAUCACGUGUGGCCUCUAACUUGGUCACUAACUUCGAGGUGGCGUUGAUAAAGAAACUCUGGCGAUGAUCCGUGCUUAGCCGUACCUUGCGUGUAGCUGUACCCCCCUCCCCUCCCCCACCUUAGGGGAGGGGGAGAGGGAGGGUACGACUACACGUAGGCUACCUAGGGAUCCCUGUGAUAUUUCAAUUGGUUUGUCACGCGUUCCUCUCAAACUGUUAUGCCUUGUUGUUUAGCUAAUAAGGUGAAAUUUUUCUUCUUGAUACCGAAACAAAGACCUUUAGCUCAGGUCCCGCAGAAUCAUGUCCCGCAAACCAAGUGUCUUCUUUCGCGCGUGGAAUGAGUUCACAGACAAUUGACUUAUUUUAGGAUCCACCCAGUGGCUCUUUUGAGCCACUUGCCGGUUAGGUGUGGGGUCAGCAACCCCACCCUGGGAAAAACCAUACUGCUACAGAAACGUCAAUACAGGUUCAAACUUCAUCCCUGGAAGAAGAAGUUCCUUCAUAAAGAAGACAUAUGAAGCCAUGUGGUGAAAGCCGUAAUUUCACGGAAGCCGUAGGGCCGGUCCUCUUUCUCUCAAACAGGGCCAUAAAGAUUAGUACAUGGAACAUAAAAACCAUGUAGGUGGGGAAGACCGCACAGGUUGCAGUAGAGAUGAAAGAAUGUCAGCUUUCCGUUUUAGGAAUUAGCGAAACCCACUGGAAGCAGUCCUGACAGAAAAGACUAACGUCAGCACAAAGAGCACCCAUCAGCAUCCUUCAGAACCGGGAUGAGCCAGAUCAAGAUGAAUGUCGCACAGUGCUACGCACCAACCAACGAUAGACGAUAGCGAAGAAGGAAGUAAAGACCAGUUUCACAACAGGCUAGAGUGCAUCGUUAAACAGCUGUCAGAAAAGGACGUCAACAUAGUCAUGGGAGACUUCAAUGCAAAGAUUGGGGCAGGCAAUACUAGCCACACAGAAGCGAUGGGAACACACGGACUUAGAAAAAUAAAUGAAAGCGGGGAAACUGAUAUUUUCUGACACCUGUGCUCUUCACAACAUAGUCAUUGGAGGUGGCAUCUUUCCAAGAAUACACCGCGAUCAACAAAGAAGUAAAGAAAAGUGUCAAGCCGGACAAACGCAGCUUCUUAGAAAGACUAGCAGAGGAAGUAGAAGAUGCAGCAGCUGGAAGCAACAUGAAGGGACUCAACGAAACCACCACGAAAUUGUUGGGCAGGUACCUAACUUUUACUUUGUUACUUGCGUAGACAUUUGGCCCGUAUGUGCUCUGGCCAUUAGCUUUUGUAUUUUGAUGUAUACAUGUACUAAAGGUACAAGACAACCGAAAUUUCAAGGCAACAUUUUCACCGUCAGAGUCACGAAGGUACGAGACAAAUAAAAGGCAUUAGGUUUUGGUCUAAUUUAACUGAUGAUUUCAUCCAUUCGAAAUGGAUGAGGGGCACGUGCACCUGGUCAUCUUAUUGUCACGAGGAAUCAUGAGUCUCAUUACAAAUAUAGAUAAUAUAGGUGUUUUCUCUCCACAGUUAGUAUUCAAAAUUAGUAUUAGUGUAACCACCGUGAGAGAAAGCAGCAGAGUGGUAAUGUAAGUCAUUUUACUUUUUCGAUUUUAGAAAAGGGUUGGAUUUUACAAUUUGAAAAAUUAUAUGUUAUUGGCAUAAAGGAUCUAACUAAAACUACAAUUUUUUCGAUUUAUUUUGGGCUUGAGUAACAGAAUGAUAGGAGCCAUAUAUAGUCGUGGAUGGAAACCGCUGCGAGUAUUUUAAGAUAGCACGAUCACAUAGCUUUUAGGACUUUGUCAGGGUCACCACAUCAGUUUACUUUGAUACAAAACGAAAUCCAGAUCACUUUUUUUAAGUUCUUUUUAACUUCUUUCCUAAAAAAUCUUGAAUUGAUUCUCAUUAAAAUUUGCUUGUGGACCCUGACGUCUACACUUGGAUUUAGGAAUAGUAUUUAUUAAGAUCUUUCGAAGGAGGACAGUGAUUGCGCAUUUGUAAGCAUUAUUGUGUAUGAGCAAGAGGUUAUAGGGGAACAGAGAUGGAAAAUAAGGGCGUUGGCCAGGAUUUGUCGAUUUCAGUUAAGUUAUUUUUAGCUUGAGAUGGAAAGCAUCCUGGUUUCCUAAAGUAGUUUCUUUUUGCCGAAGUCAGUUUGAUAUUAAUAUGAAAAAUAUCAUAGCUGUUCCCCAAUACAUCAAUCUAACUCACAGGUGACCAAAGCUCACUGAAAGAGGACGGAUGCCAUAAGGCCAUAUGUGAAACGAAAAUCGAUGCAUGACAUGUGCAUGAAAACAAAGUCAUAACACUCGUUUCGGAUUCAGCGAAACGUGACUCACGCCUCGCAGCAUACGGAUCAGAAAAUGGAAUAUUUUAUUUUAUUUAAUGAGGGUUGUACAAGAAAAAACGGAUUCGUAAUUUUGGUUGUUUUUGACAAAUUUCUUAAACGUUAUUGAUUGUCAAUAGUUAGUCUCAUAUAUCAUCACACGCAAAGGGUGGUCCAGCUACGACUAUCCAUAAAUAACUUAAGUAAAAUUGACAUAUCCCAAGGCCUGGACCAGAAGUCUCCUCUGUCCCCUUAUGAUCUCUCGGCAGGAGAGUAAGCUGAAUUCGUAACUUUCUGAGUUUACUUCCUUUUCUUUAAUGAGCAGAUGAAGUGGUACGUUAUUUCAGCGGUGUUGUGCAGUUUUGUGGCUUUUUCACAUGCCGAGGAAUCGAAGACACCUUCACUCCUGAAGAUGCCAUCAAGAUUUACAUCCGUAGGUUUGCAAACGAUUUUGUGUUAUCAUUUUAACAGUAUAUGUUGAUUAAAUCAAUCGGCAUCUGCGUUGUUAAAUAUAACUAUAAUAAAAUAAAAAUCACUGUUUUAAAUUUGCUCCUCAUGUAAGAUACUUAGAACCCAGUCAUGAUAUUUUUGCCGGGGUGGGGGGGGGGGGGGGUAUGUUUUGGGGAUCACAUGGUUUUUGUAGAAAAUCUCUUUCGUUUUUUAAUUUCAAAUUACAAUUUUUCUCUUCCUCUCCUUCAUUUGUAUUCUUUGUAUUCGUCAAAGAACUCUAACCUUCACACUGGAAAAGUAACGUAGACAUUUUUUGCGUACUUUUGAUGGUUGUUUUUGUUUUUGUUACCCCUUUGUUUUGAAGUUUUUUUUAGCCAAAUCUUGUGUUUCAUUUCACAAAUUUAAUAAAUUUUCUGCGGAGUUUGGACUCAAACCUCAUUUUUCAUAAAUGGAUUUUUUUACAGUUUUUAUGGAGAAACGAGAGAGGAUCAGUCGUCGUUAACGAAGUAUAAAUGAAGGGCUAUAGAAACUUAACUGCCAAUUAUCUGCCAAUGAAUUGAUUAAAGGCGGGGGUCAUAAAAAUACUGCAGAGUUUUUUUGGGAGGAUCAGGUCAAUUUUUAGUCGAUCGUGACACAAUCAAAAUCCUCCACCCCCUCCUCCCCCUCUUCCCGCGAUAAAUGACUGAUCCCUUAAUGUCUGUCUAUUACAAUUUUCUGUCGUUGAGUUUUACAUUAAUGAAACAGUUUUCUGAUAACUUUUAUUUGUAACCCCAGAUUUUUCGUUUCCCUUGAUUUUGUGUACUAAGUUCUAUUUAACAAAUAGAUUGCAUGUUGCCGUGGGUCUGUUCAGCAAUAGAUCGCCAAUAACGUUAAAAAGUGGUAAGAACAAAACAAUGGCACAGGAAGACCAGCAGAGUGUCACUGAUGUUCUUAUCACAUGUUUACGCCCUGUGCGGUCUAUUACUGCACAGAUCCUCGCAAACAUGGAAUUUGUGUCAAAUGAUAAAAAAGCCAAUUUUUGACGUCAUCUAUGUGUCUGUCUUCCAAUAGAUCAUAAGUUCGAGCCAAUUAAAAUACGGAUAUGAUCCAGCUAACAUGUAAAUUACCAGUUGUUUGUAUCUUCAUUUCAGACAUCUCAGGUAGUAGAUAUCCAGACAAUUAAAUGUUCCGAUAAGCAAUAUUGUCGUGAUAAUCAAACAUGUUGUCUUGCUCUUGGAGUGCCGUAUGGAUGCUGUCCUUUACCAAAGGCUGUUUGUUGCCCGAAUAAAAGAACCUGUUGUCCACAUGGAUUUGUUUGCGUCGAGUAUGGAAAGAUUUGUUUACCGCGUUAUCAAAUAUCAAAGAUGGAGACCAUUCGUGUUGCUAAGAGAACACGGGUAGCGUUAAAGAAAAACACUGACAACACUUAUGACAAUUCUUGGCUCCGUGGUCGCAACUAAGUGAUAUGAAGUCUUCCUUUUUGUAAAUUACCGAAAUGGUAACGGAAGGCAGAAGCCCAUGGGCUCCUGCAGAAGGUUGAUUGCAAAAUGAAUACGUUUCCUGCUUGUUGUUGGGCUCGCCUAAGAAUAAAUAUACCUCCAGAACGACAACUUAAAUUUAAAACUUAUUGCAAAGAACAAAAUUUCCCUUGGAUAAAUGGUUAUUCGAUAUUCGAUAUUAUUUGAUAUGGUUUUUCGAUUAUUUAGGUCAAUGCAAAUUCAAUUAUGAAAUAAUGUGUAAAUAUUUAUCUAGACAAAUAUAUGAUCAGAGAUAAAAUACGCGCCCCAGCUAGAAGAAUAUUGUUAAUUUUUUCUUAAUUUAUAUAGAAUUUGCACGGCUGCAACAGCUACCUGGCCAAAGAAAACUUCGUAACUAAGUUAAUAAAAGGUGAUCAAUUUGAUACCGAUGUAAGUUUCCUUUACAGUAUAACGUUCAGUAGUGACAUGCGAUCGCUUUGGUUAAACUCCUCACUUCGCGG